AUAUCCAUCCCACCCUCCUCAUCUACAUUUUUUUUUUCUUCUUCUUCUUAAAAUGUCUGUACCUACACCUGUCAUUCCCAUUCUUGACAACGGUCAAGGUGUCAUUGACCCCGAUGUCUACUUUGAAAUUAAUGAACCACCUGCCGACUUGGCUCAAUUCGAAGAUAAAUUAAACGCGUUUGUUGAUUUCCAUAAAGAAGCCGGUAGCAAAGUUGUCUUCAUCACCAGCGGUGGAACCACCGUGCCUCUGGAGAACCAAACGGUGCGCUUUAUUGACAACUUUAGUUUAGGCACCCGUGGUGCUACCUCGGCCGAAUAUUUCUUAGAAGCGGGUUAUGCCGUGGUUUUCAUGCAUCGUCAAAAUAGUAUCCUACCUUAUCACCGUCAUUAUACCCAUUCCAAUCUUGGUUUCCUGGAUUAUUUUGAAGCCAAGGAAGACGGCACAGUUCAAGCCGCUCCUCAAUAUGCUACCAAAAUGCAUCAAGUGCUUACCAAAUACCACGAAGCGAAAAACACAAACCGUAUCUUGAUGCUUGAUUUUGUGACUUUACCUGAAUACCUCUUUAAACUUCAAUCGGGCACCAAGAUCUUUGCGCGUUUAGAGACCAAGGCCAUGUAUUAUUUAGCGGCAGCUGUCAGUGAUUUCUUUAUUCCUAGCACCAAGAUGGCCGAACACAAGAUCCAAUCGCGCGACGGUGGGUUGACUCUGACGCUAGACCAGGUGCCUAAAUUCUUGAAGCCAUUGGUGAGUAAUUGGGCUGCCAAGGGUCUGAUUGUGUCCUUUAAAUUGGAGACGGAUACGAAAUUAUUAGUACCUAAAGCAAGAUACGCUUUGACACGUUACGGACAUCAGGUUGUGAUUGGUAAUAUGCUCAAGACCCGUAAACAAACCGUGACAUUGAUCACACAACAUAGUGAAAAGGUGCUAUCUUUAACAAAGGAACAGAUGGCACAAGAAAUUGAAAUUGAAAGUUUAAUUAUUUAUGAACUUGUACAAAUUCAUCAGAAAUGGAUUGAUUCUGGCAGUACUGAUUCAACAUAAAGGAAACAAUAAAUUAAAGCUUAUAUAUUUUUUUAUUUGGGGGGUGGGGAAAUGUACAAUUCUG